CUGCAGCCUGCACAAUAACUGUUGAAACAGUGCCCUCACUCCACCCUCUGUGGAAGUCAACUGCAGUCAUGUGAUGCACCUAAAAAGCUGUCUCAUAUACACGGACCUUAUUAGGAAGCUUCCCAGCUCUGUAUCAGGGAGGUUCAAAACCUCUCCCUUUUAACAUUUGGAACAAGUCGCAACGCCACAGAAAACAAAACAGUCAAAAAGUAAUUCUGAAUAAGCUGUGUGAUCCAAAGCAGCAUGUUGACUCAAAUUUGAUUGUGCAGAAGAAGAAAAAAACAAGUACAAACAUCCUAUAUACAGUUAAUUUGCAGGAUGGAUUUGGGACACAGCUGGUGAUGCAUUCCUUUUAGUGCAUCCACUAUGACUUCCGUAGAAUUUGAUGACCCCACCACAUGUUGACAAAGCACUCGGGAUUUUUUGCAGCUGAGAUGCCCAUUUAUGAUGCUAGUGCUGACGUCCCUGCUGGAAAAACCAGCAUAAACCAGCACCAAAAACCAACAUAAUGCUGGUCUUGCUUAUCAAAACAUGCAUAUGUUUUGAUGCUAGUCUAUGCUGUUUUUUCCCGCAGGAACAACAGCACGUCUGUUUUCAUAUUCACUUAAAACGAGUUAACAACCUUGGAAUAUUGUUGUGUGUUGAUUUGAAAAAGAAUAAUUAUCCUGUCACUUCGAUGUCGUUGGCUAAGUUUAUACAUAUAACUGGACAGUAAACGUACAUGGCCUGGCUAUUCAAUGAGCAAAAUGAUAUCGAUUUAGCCACGCUAAAUGUACGACUUCAUCGCAAAAUCAAACCUGGUACGGUUUGAUUAAUUUCGUUUCCAGCAAAUAGUUAAUCAGGGCAGCUCACUUGACUUAACCAGUGCCCCCAAAUAAGGGACAUGCUCUGAUAACGGCUGCCUAUCAGUUAUACUCGGUACAGUCCUGUAGCCACUUGAUCUUUCUGACUGUUUAAGUUAACUUACUGUACUCCAGUACAGAAACCUACGAUAAUAAGAGAAGCUUUUCGGUAAUUUUUCGAUCAGUUUCUACACACUAGCUUGCUGUCAUCUCUUCCUUCGCUAUUAAGCCAACUUGUUUUUGUAACAAUGGCAAGCUAGCUGGCACUAGCCGGCUAAUGCUGACUAACAACAGCUAGCCAGCUCGGAAGUUCACAAGAAGCUAACUUGGCAAGAUAAUGUCGGGUUAGCGAUACGAGUAGCUGCUCACCUUCUUGUUGUGUCAGCAGGAGGGUGUGAUAAGGCUUCCAGCUGGUAACGGUCAGACCAAAAGCAUCAACUCAUUGCUGAAAACAGAAGGAGAUGCCAUGUUUCGAGGUUGGGGGCCAACUACAGAAUAAGCACCCCUGCCGCUGGAGGAGCUGACUCAUCGUAGACAACAACAGUGGGACACGCUUCGCAGAACAUGUCAUGAGAUGUUGGAAAAACGUUGGAUAAGUCACACCUGUUGUGCGCGCCGACAUGCCCCGGGAGUCGUGCUCACAGCUCGUGGUCUCUGGGAUAAACGUGGAUGUACUGACAGCCAGCGGAUAGUAUGCCCGCGCAGUUGGCGCGCCUCACGCGAUGUGGUACAACAUGGCACGCGUAAAGAUGGGUCUCUUCGCUCUCCUGUGUCUCCCCACGUUCUUCUUCCGCGUCCUCGUGCUCUCCCACAGCAGCAGCAUCUAUGAGCGCUCGGUGGUCCCGCGCGCCGUGUCCCGCUCCGUGGCUCGCAUGGACGGAGACGUGAUCAUCGGCGCGCUCUUCUCCGUCCACCACCAGCCGUCCGCUGAGAAGGUGGCGGAGCGGAAGUGCGGGGACGUCCGCGAGCAGUAUGGCAUCCAAAGGGUGGAGGCCAUGUUCCACACGUUGGACCGGAUCAACGCCGACCCGGACCUGCUCCCCAAUAUCAGCCUGGGCUGUGAGAUCCGGGACUCCUGCUGGCACUCCUCUGUGGCCCUGGAGCAGAGCAUCGAGUUCAUCCGGGACUCCCUGAUCUCCAUCCGGGAUGAUAAGGAUGGGUCCAAAUGGUGCAUCGACGGCACCCCAUCCCACCAGCCUCCACCAUCCAAGAAGCCCAUCGCCGGAGUGAUCGGACCAGGAUCCAGCUCUGUGGCCAUUCAGGUGCAGAACCUCCUGCAGCUCUUCAACAUCCCGCAGAUCGCCUACUCCGCCACCAGCAUUGACCUGAGUGACAAGACUCUGUUCAAGUACUUCCUGAGGGUCGUGCCAUCAGACACCCUCCAGGCCCGGGCCAUACUGGACAUUGUCAAGCGGUACAACUGGACCUAUGUGUCUGCGGUGCACACUGAGGGAAACUACGGGGAGAGUGGCAUGGAGGCUUUCAAGGAGCUGGCCUCCCUGGAAGGCCUGUGCAUCGCCCACUCGGACAAGAUCUACAGCAACGCCGGGGAGAAGCACUACGACCGCCUUCUGAGGAAACUACGGGAGCGCCUCCCCAAAGCUCGCGUGGUGGUGUGCUUCUGCGAGGGCAUGACCGUCCGAGGUCUCCUGAUGGCCAUGAGGAGACUGGGGGUGUUCGGGGAGUUCCUCCUCAUCGGCAGUGAUGGAUGGGCGGACCGCUAUGAAGUCGUGGAGGGCUACGAGCAGGAAGCGGAGGGAGGAAUCACCAUGAAGCUGCAGUCGGAGGUGGUCAAGACCUUCGACGACUACUACCUGAAGCUGCGUCUGGACAAAAACACGAGGAACCCGUGGUUCUCCGAGUUCUGGCAGUACCGCUUCCAGUGCCGCCUGCCGGGCCACCCACAGGAGAACAAGAACUACAAGAAAGUCUGCUCCGGAAACGAGAGUCUGCAUGAAAACUAUGUUCAGGAUAGUAAAAUGGGCUUUGUCAUCAAUGCCAUCUAUGCCAUGGCUCACGGCCUCCAUGACAUGCACAAGGAGUUGUGCCCAGGGCAGCCGGGGCUCUGCGAGGCCAUGGACCCUAUCGAUGGCAGCAAGCUGCUGGACUACCUGCUGAAAACGUCCUUCAGAGGAGUCUCGGGAGAGGAGAUAUAUUUUGAUGAAAACGGAGACACCCCAGGAAGGUACGACAUCAUGAAUCUACAGGGUGUGGGUGAUGGUCGCUAUGACUACCUGAACGUGGGGUCCUGGUCAGAGGGCAUCCUCAGCAUCGACGACUACAAGCUGUGGUUGAACAGCAGCGACAUGGUCCGCUCGGUCUGCAGCGAGCCCUGCUCCAAAGGACAGAUCAAGGUGAUCAGGAAGGGCGAGGUGAGCUGCUGUUGGAUCUGCACCACGUGCAAGGACAACGAGAUCGUCCAGGAUGAGUUCACCUGCAAGGCGUGUGACCUUGGAUGGUGGCCUGAUGAUGAACUGGCAGGCUGCCAGCCCCUACCUCUAAAGUACCUUGACUGGGCAGACGUGGAAUCAAUAGUGGCCGUGGUCUUCUCCUGCGUGGGCAUCCUGAUCACCUCCUUUGUCACCUUCGUGUUCAUCCAGUACCGUGAUACACCUGUGGUCAAGUCCUCCAGCAGAGAGCUCUGUUAUAUCAUCCUAGCGGGCAUCUUCCUCGGCUACAUCUGUCCAUUCACCUUGAUCGCCCGUCCUACAGUGGCCUCCUGCUACCUGCAGCGGCUCCUGGUGGGCCUUUCAUCCGCCAUGUGCUACUCUGCGCUGGUGACCAAAACGAACCGCAUUGCCCGCAUCCUGGCAGGCAGCAAGAAGAAGAUCUGCACCAGGAAGCCCCGUUUCAUGAGCGCCUGGGCCCAGGUGAUCAUCGCCUUCAUGCUGAUCAGUGUGCAGCUAACCCUGGAGAUCACACUCAUCAUCCUGGAGCCUCCUGAACCCAUCAAGUCCUACCCGAGCAUACGGGAGGUCUACCUCAUCUGUAAUACCAGCAACGUAGGCAUGGUGGCGCCACUGGGCUACAACGGCCUGCUAAUCAUGAGUUGCACCUACUAUGCCUUCAAGACGCGGAACGUCCCAGCCAAUUUUAAUGAGGCUAAAUAUAUUGCCUUUACAAUGUACACGACCUGCAUCAUCUGGUUGGCCUUUGUGCCCAUCUAUUUUGGCUCAAACUACAAGAUCAUAACCACAUCCUUCUCUGUCAGCCUGAGCGUGACAGUGGCACUGGGCUGCAUGUUCACACCUAAGAUGUACAUUAUCAUUGCCAAACCAGAGAGGAACGUCCGAAGCGCCUUCACCACGUCCGACGUGGUGCGAAUGCACGUUGGAGAUGGGAAGUCCGCGGUUCCAAGUGGGAGCAACAGCUUCCUCAAUAUGUUCCGCCGGAAGAAGCCUGGAUCUGGCAAUGCCAAUUCUAAUGGCAAGUCUGUGUCAUGGUCUGAAUCAGGUGCAAGACACCCUCCGAGGGGGGGGAAUGUGUGGCACAGACUGUCUGUGCAUGUGAGGAAACAGGAAGCCGGCUUGAAUCAGACGGCGGUCAUCAGGCCCCUAACUAACACCCCCGACCCCCACAGUUGUGAGCCCUCCACCUGCGACCUUGGCACAGACCCCCAUCUCCCCCAAGAACCGCGUGGCGCUAAGCCUCUGUACAACCUCGCCGAGGAGGACGACGAGAGCGACUCGCAGCGCCCGCUCUGGACUCCGCCUUGCUCUGGACAGACACAAGGGCCGGAGUCCGUUUUAGAUAAGCCGGCUUCUCAUUUGCCCUCUCACUCGAGGGGCUCGCAGGGGGCUCUGGUGGACACGCACAGCUCCCACGUCCCUGCGCAGAGUGACUACACUGCCAGGGAGGCGAUCCCUGCCAGCGAGCCUCCGAGCUUGACGCCCUCUCUGCUUCCCUCGGCCCCACAAGCGGGGGCGCUGGAAGACGAGGGGUCCGAGGACGAGGAUCUGGACCUCUUACACAGCUACAUCUAUGAUGCCAAGGAGGAGGGGGAGGAGGGGGACGGGGAAGAUGAGGAUUUAACUCAGAGCAAGCCAGCGCUGGAGGAUUCCCUCGUUCUGUCGCCCCCCUCCCCCUUCAGAGACUCCGUGUGUUCGGGGGAGUCAAUGAGCAGCUCCCCCACCAUGGAGUCGAUGCUCGGUAGCUUGGCCUACACCUCAAACACCCUCGGAGACUACGCACACAGCUCCUCAACACUGUGAGAGCAACGCAGGCGCCGGCACGGCCGCCGUCGGCACACUUGUGCAUCACACAGACAUGCAUUUCCACACACGAGCAUACACAGACACACUGUACAACGACAUUAUUUACUAUCAUUUCAAGUUUUUAAACUUUUGUUUCUUUUUUUUUCCCGCUCUGUCAUUACGCUCGCUUGUAUUUAUUACUCUGCUUUUAUCGGUAAGGGUUCAAAUGAGAACUAUAAGUAGAAAAAAACAGCAGGAAUCGUCCAUGAGUGCUCACUUUCCUGAAGGGCUGUCGGUGCACAAAGGCUUUCUACUGCAAAAAAAGUCUAACUGGGAACAGUGCCAAAUCUAGUCAGCGCUCAUGCCAAAUUUUUAAUGAAGUAAGAAACACUGAGAAUCAUAAUAAAGGAUGUAGCUGUGGUUCUCACGGUGCAAUUAAAGUGGUCUACGAGAAGCAAAACAGGAAGAGAAACACAGUAAUUUGUGCAUAUACGUGCAGGCUAAGAUAGAAUAAGCGUGCAAAGCCGGCUCUGAGGACUUUAGCUCAAGUGCAUUUCACGCCCGUUCUGAUUAGAUCACGCGCAGGUCUGUUCAUGUGCGCCGCAGCUGCAUCGGAAACAAACAAACAACCAUUUGCUUUUUUUUCAUGAAUUAAUUGACUUCACCUCAGCUUUCUCUCACCCAGCCUCAUCGCGAUUUUUAAAUAUUACCAAGAGAUAACGAGAAAAAGUGCAGUAAGUUGGUUGAUUAUAUUGCUUUUUGUGUGCUGAACACCACUAAACUGAGAUUCUGCUGAUGACUCGCGCUGUAUGAUAUAUGAUAUGGAUAUGAUGUGCCAAUCAAAGUUGUUAUCGACCCGCAUCCCUGCUUUCGUUUUUUUAUUUUGGAUUGAAACGUUUUCUAACCACGGAGCUGAUACAGGUUAGCGUGAUUGUAGGUGACUGCGAUGUUGUUUGUUCAGUUUACACCCGAUCAUUAAACUGGAGGACAAGUUUUUACGAGCGUGGGAUGUGAUACUUUUUUGCUCUCCAUGCCGUGUUGAUGAUAUUUCUCAUGUUUUUUUCUGGGUUUCGCUGUGUCAUUGUAAUGGGAAAAACACACAGUACUUGUACGAGUUCUCAAAGUUUGUAAUACUGUUAAGCCAUCUCUUGUUUUUCACACAGGUGGUAUGUUUGUAAUACUAAUAAAUGUUUCUAUAUUUAGAAUGUCAACAGAAGAAAAAAACAAACAAAAAAAAGAGUUUAUACAUUUUGAAAGCUGUCCUCAGAUCUACUUGUCCAGGAGCAGUGUGUUUCUGUUUUUUUGGGGGUAACUUUUAAGCUUAAAACUUGAGUCGGCUGUAUCCUCUUGAAAAUAUUCAGUUGUUAAAGUAACCAAUGAUUAGUUGCUUCUUGUAAUGAGAUGAUACAUGUUUCGAUUUUUGCUUCAACUCUUGCAUUAUAAACUUAAGUAGUUUACUUGAGGUUAAGUUUCUUAGUUCUUUAUCUAUAAGAAUGCAAAUUAUUUCAAAGUACGAGCCUAUACAGUACACAGUGCAAUUGUAUUGUAUUUUCCAAAUGUUUUAAGUCUAUUAUAGUGUAAGUUGUUAAAUGAUUUUAACCAAUGUAAAAAUAUACAAGGGUGCCACCUGUUUAACACUGUCAACUCUAGAAUGAAAUAGGCCUUUUUGUUUUGGGCAAGCUGAACAACGCUGUAAAAUAAAAAACUAUUUAUAUUAA